AUAAGCAAGGUGCCGGGCCCCUCCGCUUGAGCUCAGAGGCAAGGCCAGCCUUCUUCCUUUCCAUUUGCACAUCUCCUUCAACCCAGAGAGGCAUCAGAGCAGAAUGUGUUCAGCCCUGAUUGUUACCAUUGCGCUGCUGUGGGCAAUGGUCCUACGACACCAGGGAAAAUUAUGUCAGCUUGCGAUAUAAUGAGGACUCAUCACUCAAAAGUGGCUUCCCUGCCCCCUGCCGCUCCAGAGUUGGAACAAGUCACGAACAGGAUCCUUCAUGGGCAAUGCCUCUCUGGCUUACACACAGUAGGAGGACUGUUCUUCCACAUUUUGCACAACCUGUUGUUAACAAAACUAGAUUUAGAAAUACCAACAGUGUCCAUAUUCCGUGAUGCGGUACAAAAAUUCCCAGACGUGGCAUUUGGAAUCAGCACCGACCCCCAGGUUCUGGCCCACUACAACCUCACAGGAAACACCAUUUCCCUCUUUCGUCUGGUGGAUAACGGACAACUGAAUUUAGAGAGUGAAGCCAUUAAAAACAUUGAUGCCAACAAAUUAAGCCGUUUCAUUGAGAUCAACAGUCUCCGCCUGGUGACAGAGUACAAUCCUGUGACUGUGAUUGGCCUAUUUAAUAGCGUGAUUCAGAUUCAUCUUCUUCUGAUGAUGAACAAGGCCUCUCCUGAGUAUGAAGAAAGCAUGCACAGCUACCAGAAGGCAGCUAAGCUCUUCCAAGGAAAGAUUCUUUUCAUUCUGGUGGACAGUGGAAUAAAGGAAAACGAGAAGGUGAUAUCAUAUUUUAAACUAAAGACGUCCGAACUGCCUGCUUUGGCGAUUUACCGGAGUCCCGAGGAGGAGUGGGAUACACGGCCCAUGGCUGAAGUUUCAGUAGAGCUUGUGCAAAACUUUUGUGAUGGAUUCCUAAAAGGGAACUGGCCGAGAGAAGACAAUGAAUCAGAAGAAAAGACUCAAAAGGUGGAACUCUGAAAUCUCUGGUACUUCUGCACGCCACCAAGUAUCUACUUUAUGCUGAAAACAGGGGCAACCCAAACCUCAGAGACACUAAGCAAGGAAAUCAUCUGACCCUGCACACACACACAGCUCCGUUUCGUUCCUUACAAUCUCCUUUACUCUCCUUGUGCUUUCUUUUAAUUUGCCUACACGCUCUCACUACCUAUCCAACUUUCUCUUACACGUUCAUACCACACAGACCCAUACACUGCAGUACCACCAUGAUACCACUGGAUGAAGGCUUUAAGAGAAGUAUAUGGUACCACUAUGAAGAAUAGACAUGCCUCAAAGGAAAUGUUCUGAUUUAUCAUUUCGUAUUGUAUUUGGACACUGCAGGUGACUUACACAUAACAUAAUUUCUUCUCUAUUAGUGUUACUUAAGGGUUGAAACUCUAGUUUCUUCAUAAGUACAUAUCCUGCUUCUGAUUCUGGCCCAAAAUCAAAAGGAUGGUUUUAGACUCCUUUCUGGAAUGGUCUUCUUGCCAGAAGUCAAAUGAUGUUCCUAAGGUUCUGAACUCAACAGAAACAGACCAUGUAAAAACUCAAUGCUUGUUUAGCAUCCCUAACUCCACAUGUACAUCCACAACUGCACAA